AUGACAACCUCCUCCUCCACACCUCUUCCAGACCCCACGCAUCGAAAGCGCGAGCUCCCCCAGAACGAGUUGGAAGCCACCUCGCAGCUUAAACUGGGCGAAUUUCAGAACGUGCCGACUCUCUCGUUAUCGGAGGCCCGGUUGGUUAUUAAUAAGGUGCUGGAUCUGAGAAGGAAGGGUGAACAUAAAUUUGAGGAGAGGGAGACACUGGUUAAAACGCAAGAUUACCUGGAGCUCUUCGCACGAUUCAAGGAGAAGGAGAACAUCGAAGCUGUUGAACGUCUUCUGUCUGCGCACACCGAGCUGGAAUUUUUUGAGAGGUCGCAACUAGGAAGUCUCUGCUGCAAUGAUGCUGAAGAAGCCAAGUCCCUGAUUCCUAGCAUAGGGAACAAAAUCUCAGACACCGAACUUCAAGAGUUACUGGAUGAAUUGACGAAACUGAGAAAUUUCGUGGAGUGA